CUAGAUCCCCAGCUGAGGGGCAUCAUUACCCGUCUAUACUGCCAACUGGGUUACUACCUACAGUUGGUGCCCGAGGGGCGGCUGGAUGGCACCAAGGACGAGAUGAGUACCUACGCUCUCUUCAACCUGAUUCCUGUCGGUCUGAGAGUGGUGGCAAUUCAGGGGGUGAAGACUGGGCUCUACGUAGCCAUGAACUGCGAUGGCUACAUGUACACGUCGGAACACUUCACACCUGAAUGUAAGUUCAAAGAGUCCGUAUUUGAGAAUUACUAUGUGACCUACUCUUCAGUCCUAUACCGACAACGAGAAUCUGGUCGGUCCUGGUACCUCGGCAUCAACAAGGAAGGGGAGGUCAUGAAAGGCAACAGGGUGAAGAAAACGAAGAGGGCCGCGCACUUCCUUCCCAAACUCAUUGAAGCUGCGUUGUAUCGGGAGCCAUCUCUGCAUGAGCUGGUGGACGAACUCUCUGACAUCAAGAAGGCCUCUAAGGCGGGCGAGGAGCCGGUCGCCGUGGGCAACGGGAAGAAUCCUAAACUAAUCCCGCUGCCCUCGUUCUCCCCGUGGUAUGUAUAG